UCUCCCAUAGAGCAACUCUGCACAGCCCAAGCAAACCAACUUGGGGACUUUGAAUGAACAUAUUUACAUCAACCUCUCUCUUCAUGUCGACUUUCCUGGAAACAUUCACACGGAUGCCAUGGUUACUCCUGCCACGACCCUGCGAGCCUACGGCUGACCUUUCCAGCUACGCUACUUCCAGUCCCUUCAGACCUCACCGCUACAGUUUCUGGAAGGGACUCGACUGGAGAUCAAAGGAUUAUCUGCACAUCUGGGGCCGAGUGAGCUGAUGCUUUCGUUUGGCGUGGGAUCUUACAGGUGAACAAGGUGAUGUCCAUCUUGUUUUAUAUGAUAUUUCUUGCUUAUCUUCGUGGCAUCCAAUCUACCAACAUGGAUCAAAGGAGUUUGCCAGAAGAUUCAAUAAAUUCUCUCAUCAUUAAACUCAUUCAGGCAGACAUUUUGAAAAACAAGCUCUCCAAGCAGAUGGUAGAUAUUAAGGAAAACUAUCAAAACACAAUGCAGAAAGCAGAGGCUCAGCAGGACAUUGAAAAUGUGAAAUCAGACUUCCAGCCCGUUAUCUCAAUGGAUACAGAACUUUUAAGGCAACAGAAACGCUACAAUUCUCCCCGCGUCCUUUUGAGUGACAACACCCCAUUGGAACCUCCACCUUUGUAUCUUAUGGAUGAUUAUAUUGGGAAUUCUGUAAUGGUGAACAGAACCUCCAGAAGGAAAAGGUACGCAGAACAUAAGAGCCACCGAGGGGAAUAUUCUGUAUGUGACAGUGAAAGUUUAUGGGUCACGGACAAAUCAUCUGCUAUCGACAUUAGAGGACACCAGGUCACUGUACUAGGAGAAAUUAAAACAGGCAACUCUCCUGUCAAACAAUAUUUUUAUGAAACGAGGUGUAAAGAAGCCAAACCAGUAAAAAAUGGCUGCCGUGGCAUUGAUGAUAAACACUGGAACUCCCAGUGCAAAACAUCCCAAACCUAUGUAAGAGCACUGACUUCAGAAAACAAUAAACUGGUAGGCUGGAGAUGGAUAAGAAUAGACACAUCCUGUGUGUGUGCAUUGUCAAGAAAAAUAGGAAGAACAUAAGUCUGCAUUUCUUUGCUAUAUAAAUUAUUACUUUAAAUUAUAUGAUAUGCAUGUAGCAUAUAAAUGUUUAUAUGGUUUUAUAUAUUAUAAGUUGACCUUAUUUAUUAAACUUCAGCAAACCUACAGUAUAUAAGCUUUCUCUCUCAAUAAAUAUGAGUAAAAAGGCAUGUGCCUCAGCUGUGGGCAGCUGCAGUUUUAUUAGAAUAUGUUUGUGACUCUGCUUAUCAGCAGCAUACCAUAAUCUUACUGUAAAAUCUGUGUAACAUCAGUAUUUUUCAUUCAGUAUUGUCAAGCCAGUGACUGUCAUUUAGUAAACUUGUUAAAAAUCAGAUAAAUGUCAAGAGUUGUGUACACAUUUCUAUCCCCUGCUACAUAUUUUCAUGAGACAAAGUGGAUGAGGUAGCAUCUUUUAUCGGAGCAGCUUUUGUUAUUGAAAAAAA